AUGGCCACCAUGGCCACAAAUUCACCCGCCGGGCCGGACGUGCCAGUCGUAUCCAACCAGAGGCAGACAACAGCGGUUCCAUCGCGCAACCCUCUACCACUAUCAGCAUCGCAGGAAGCCCAGGUCAGGGAGGUAUACUACAAAAGGGUACGAGCUCUUUGCGCGCCCGAGAUCAAAGCAUUCGCAGACUGUGCCGUUGGCCGGACGUUCUCGAUCCCUUUCGCAUGUCGGGCGCAGCACCGGGCCAUGAACAACUGCAUGAAGAUGCAGGCGACGGAGGAGAACCAUGAUCUGGCGCGUGAGGAGUGGUUCGCGGGCAGGAUGGAGCGGCAAAAAGAAAAGGAGGCCAAAGCCAGGAGGAAGCUGGAGCAGGAGCGGUUCCACCGCGAGUGGUGGGGCCUGCCGGAUAGGGACGCCGAGGAGCUCAGGGCUGAGGAGGAGAAGCUCAAGAGGGCCGAGAGGGUCGGGGGCAUGGCUGCGAGGGAUCGGGCGAGGAUACCUGUCAAGAAGGAUGAGGAUAGGUGA